UCUCUCUCUCUCUCUCAUCAAACCCCAAGCAACUCCAUCUUAUUCCCGCCUACAUUUCUUCCCUGGUUUGAAAUGUUCUAAGACUUGAAAUUUAAGGAAAGAAGCACCAUAGCUUUUCAAAAUUGUUCCCUAGCAUAUCAGCUAAAGAAUCUGUUUAUGUGUUAAUUUACCUGUCCUUAACUUCACUUCUCAGGAAAUCUUUUCCUGCUUGAUAAUGUUUCAUCAAGAUGGUUCAAGUUCUUGAACUCAUUUGUUUUUGCUGAACAGCCUGGGAAAAAUCCAUAUGAAUCUUGUGAGAAAUACUGAGGAGCACCCUUGGGAUUUCUGCUUUGGUUCAAGUCUUAAAAAUUCACAGUGUAUUAUAAGGGAGUAAAGAAGGAAGUAAAUCAUGGGAUGUUCUACAUCAAAACUGGAUGAUGAAGAGGCAGUUCAACUUUGUAAAGAUCGAAAGAAUUUCAUUAAACAGGCAGUAGAGCAAAGAACCCGAUUUGCCUCGGGGCAUGUAGCCUACAUCCAAUCCUUAAAAAGAGUUUCUGCAGCUCUUCGAGAUUAUAUUGAAGGAGAUGAGCCCCGUGAAUUCUUAUUAGAUUCAUUUAUAACCCCACCUUUCACACCCCUCAAGAAAGCAAGUCCUGGUUUCAUAUCGAUUUCUCCCUCAUCCUUCUCACCUGCAGCCAUUCAAUCUAAUCCCAAGUCCACUUUGAAACUAAAUUACCUGAGAUCAGGUGGCAACCCUGCAGUUUCAGUUGAGGAGAGACCUCAAUCACCUGAAACUGUCCGAAUUGAAACUUACUCCCCAGUACACCAUUAUGGCAUUGAUGGUAUUUUUGCAAUGCAAUCCUCACCAAUGAAUUCUUCGUUCUUCUCUUAUUCUCCCAACAAUAGACCCAACAUACCUCCUCCUUCACCUCAAACAUCACAAUGGGACUUUUUCUGGAACCCAUUUUCAUCAUUAGACUACUAUGGCUAUCCCAACAGAAGCAGUCUUGAUCAGGCUGUCAUGGAGGAUGAUAUCAGAGGACUAAGGCAGGUCAGGGAGGAAGAAGGAAUUCCUGAUUUAGAAGAAGAUGAAACCGAACAAGAAGAACCUGAGAGUAUGGCGAAUUUGACAGAAGAAAAGUCUAAAGUGAAUACAAACUAUACUAGAGAAGAAGUUACUGUUGAAGAUGUUGAUGAGGAUGAGGAGGAAAUAGAUAGUGGAAAUGAGACUGAGCACGAAGUAAAAGAUUUGGAAGCACAAGGGAAAGUCAGCAUAGAAGUACUACGAGCACAAACUGCAGGGCAAGUUGAAGUCAGUAACAAAGAAACGGCACUUGGUGGAAAUGAAGCUAAAGAAGAAACACCAGGUUUUACUGUUUAUGUAAACCGAAGGCCAACAAGCAUGGCAGAAGUUAUCAAGGAUCUUGAAGCUCAAUUCAUGGUAGCUUGCGAUGCAGCAAAUGAAGUCUCAGCAUUGUUAGAGGCUAGCAGAGCUUUGUACUCAUCAACCUCAAAUGAGCUUACAGCCCUGAAAAUGUUGAACCCGGUUGCUUUAUUACGCUCAGCUUCAUCACGCUCAUCCUCAUCAAGAUUCUUAAUCAAUUCUUCAAGUUCCAAAGAGGCAGGUUAUGAAAGCAGCAGUGACUUAUCAGAAGAAUUCUGCAUGUUUAAUGGUAGCCACCAAUCAACAUUGGAUAGAUUGUGGGCCUGGGAGAAGAAACUUUAUGAGGAAGUCAAGUCUGCAGAAAAGGUUCGAAUUGCUUAUGAAAAGAAAAGCAGACAGCUCAGAAACCAAGAUGUGAAGGGAGAGGACCCACAUGCGGUUGAUAAAACAAGGGCAGCAAUUAGAGAUCUGCACACCCAGAUAAAGGUGUCAAUACAUUCAGUUGAAGCUAUUUCAAAGAGAAUUGAAACCCUAAGGGAUGAGGAGUUGCAGCCUCAACUUCUGGAAUUGGUACAAGGGUUAGGCAGGAUGUGGAAAGUGAUGGCAGAGUGUCACAAGUCACAGAAGCGGACCCUAGACGAAGCUAAGCUUUUACUAGCAGGUGCACCUUCAAAGCUGGAAGCAAAAAGGCAGUCUUCCAUCUCAGCUGCUGAACCUCACCGGUUAGCCCAAUCAGCUGCAAAUCUUGAAGCUGAGCUCAGGAACUGGAGAGCUUGUUUUGAGUUGUGGAUCACUUCUCAGCGAUCCUAUUUGCACGCUCUAAGCGGUUGGCUCCUCCGCUGCUUGAGGUCAGACCCUGAUACAUCAAAGCUGUCGUUUUCUCCUCGUCGGUCCAGUGGGACACUUGGAAUAUUUGGACUUUGCAUCCAAUGGUCAAGGUUUCUUGAUGCUAUUCGUGAGACGCCAGUGCUGGAUGGCCUAGAUUUUUUUGCAGCUGGAAUGGGGUCACUCUAUACACAGCAGCUGAAAGAGGAUUCUCGCUUUGUCCCAGUUGGGUCUAAGAGGUAUGGAGGUGGGGAAAAUAUGGAGUUGGUAAGAGUUGAUGAGGUGGAAGAGGUUAUGACAGCGGAGAAACUGGCUGAUGUUGCCAUAAGGGUAUUAUGUGCUGGAAUGUCUGUUGCGAUGAGCUCGUUGAGUGAGUUUGCUGUUGGUUCUGCAGAUGGCUAUGCAGAAGUUGUUAACAAAUGGGCAAGUGCCAAGUUGCCACAAAAUUGAAAGUGGUUCUGGGAUGUAAUCUAUAAUUUUGAGCUAGGUAGUCUGGAUGAGUCUGUAAUUACAAAUGUUAUUUAACCAGCACAAGAUAGCUAGGUUAGAGUUAGUCUUCCACAUAUUUGGUUGCCAGCAUGACCAAGCAAGACAAAAUUCAUCAAAGCCUUAUACAUGCAGCACAAGAGAUAGGCAAGGUGCUACUACCAAGGAUUUUAACUUAUUUCAAUGGGAGCAACUAAACAGAAACGCAAGCAGAGUUCCUGUGAAUCAA